AUGGGCGUUAUCAUGGGGGCUUCUCUGGAGGCAGCUAAUUGGUUUCUGCCUCCUUACCCGAUCGAAGACAAGUACAUGAGUGGCUCCAUGAUGUCCAUAUCAGGCAUCACGAUUCUCUCGAAGAUAUUGUUUUGUGGUCCCAUACAGAGAAAGUUCGGGGCUUCGAAAACAACGGGCGCGAUCAUAAACGCAACUUUGGUCAUCGCUUCGCUGACUGGUACCGGCUGGCACUUCUCUGAGCUGAGAGAUAAGCCAGAUGGCCCGAAGAAGACAGCUGCGAUUCUGGGCGAGGCGUCUAAUUUGUGUCAGUACGUGUCACGGGUCUCAUAUGCUGCAGCUGUGAAUACCGAAAUCCCAAACGUCAAGAUGGUUGAAGUAGAAGUUCUCGCAGUGAGCAUGUUCGGGACGGCGGGUCUGCAAUAUGGAAUGGCAGCCAUUCAGUGGUGA